AUGGCCGAGCCGCCCCUCCUUCCGAAGCCAACCACCCAGCAGCAACCCGCUAAGGUGAUCCUCAUUCCACAUGCAACUCAACAACCAACCCAACAAGUCUAUCUUCUGCAGCCAAACACCGGCCAGCAACAGCUCACCUUCAUCCCGGUGCAGAUUCCGGCUGAUACGCAGAAGAAACAAAUGACUGUGCUCAGCCCUAUGCAGCCGACGAGCAGUAACACGCACAUAAAUGUCACACAGAUGGAAACGUUGGAUUCUGGUCGUGCUGGAGGAACACCGAUUUCGCAGCCUCAGUCACAACAGCGCAUCACACUUGGCAAUUUGCAUUUUCAACAAGAUCCAAACGAUCCGCAAAAAUGGAUUAUCACCAACGACUCGGCCGCAACAACCGCAUCCAGUCAGCAACCGAGUCAUACACAUAAUCAGUCGUCCAGAAUCGCUGGCGGAAGCGACUCUCCAAACAUGAUGGCCGGAGAAUACGAAAUGGGAAUCGACGAUAGUCAAGUGCCAAAAAGAUGUGCCUGUACUUGCCCGAACUGCCAGAAUGCAAACGCUCCUAGAUCCGGAGACGGGAAGCAACGGUUACACAUUUGCCAUAUUUGCCAAAAAACAUACGGGAAAACGUCACAUUUGAGAGCACAUCUACGUGGACAUGCCGGAAACAAACCAUUUGCUUGUGAUUGGCAACACUGCACUAAAAGAUUCACAAGGAGUGACGAGCUACAACGGCACCGUCGUACGCACACUGGGGAGAAGCGAUUUGCAUGCGGUCACUGCGGCAAAAAAUUCAUGCGUUCUGAUCAUCUGACGAAGCACGAGCGGACACACACGGACCACAUGUCAUGGAUAACGAAAGUAACUGAUUUUGCCGAAAAAGCCGAGGAUCUGCUAAAUCGACUUGACCAGUCUACUGGUGAUGUUAUUCACAAUCAAAAAGUUCGAUCGUCUGGGUCAAAACCAGCUCGAAGCUCUUCAUAUGCUCAGCUAAGGAACGAGAAUGAAGAUUCGGAAGUGCACACGGAAGAAUUAGGUCGCAGUGGCCCAUCACUCCCUUCUCGAACACAUUCCGAAUUUGCUGUACCCAGACGGAGAACUAAUGAGAGGGGUGUAGUUGCGGAACGUGACCAACGUGGAAAUGACUUGAUGGCUAUGCUCAAUGAAGAUGUAAUUCAUGACAUGGAGGAGACACGAAGUCGUAGGUCAAGUGGGGAUCGGAGUGUGCUAUCCGCUCAGACCGCACAAAGUUCUACCUACGAACAAGCACAGGAUGUUUCUCAGAUGAAAUCACAAUUAUGGGCGAAGGAAACACAAAUAGUCGCAAUGAAGACGAAAAUUUCGGAACUGGAACGAAAGUUGGCGAAGCGAAGUGAAGAACUUUUUGAGUUAAAAGCUGAGAAGGAAAUGGUUGAGCAGAAGCUAGCUCAGCAUGUUAACGUAGACAGCGUUGAAGAGUUGAAAAUUGCCAGGAAAAAAACGCAGGAACAGUGUGAUCUUCUUCUUGAAGAGUGUGCCCAAUUGAGGCGGAAGUGUAUGGCCCAAGAAGAGGAAGUCCGUGCAAUGGGUGAACAGCUUCGCCUUGCCAAAUUCAAUCUUAAUGAGAACAAAAAAGAAUUUGAUCAGUACAAGGAAAAGGCACAGAAAAUACUUCAGGCAAAGGAGAAACUUGUGGAUUCUCUGAAAAGCGAGCAAAAUAUGAAUGAUUCUGCAGAUCGCCCAGGGCAUCUUGUGCAGGCUGAACUCGAAGAGAUGAGGGUUGAGAGGGAUCUCGCACGCGCUGACUUAGAAUCAGCGCAAUUAAUGGUGUAUAAUUUGCGAUCGGAGAUUGACGAAAUGGAAAACCAGCUUAGAGAAGAACAGGGGAAACAAACAGAACAGCGGAAACAGUAUCUAGAGGAAAAACAAAGCUGGCAUGCGACAGUGGCUUUGCUUAAUGAGAAAGUGGAUUGUGCCAGGAUUGAAAGUGAGUUCCAGAAACAGGAGAUGAGGAGGCAAAGCGAAGAAUUUGCUAAGAAGCUAGAAUUACAAGAAGCGGAGCUCAGGAAGAAUGUGCAGGAUCAGAGAGCGAGGAGACGGGAAGAAGAGCUCAGUCGUGGAACCGAUGGACUUUCGUUGGGCGAACGUCUUCUCCAGAAACAAAUAGAACUUGAAGAAGCGCUGAAAAACAACCAAAUUCUUGCAUUGAAGUUGGAGAGAUUGCAAAAAGCACCUCGUGAAACCGUAAUACCGAUAGAUCCUCCGUCUACCUCGCUCUCUGUCCAGCAUCCAGCCGCAAAGCAAGCAGUUACAGCAGUUGAUUCAGUGAUAUUUCGUUUGAUUUCUGUGUUGCGCAAUUAUCCAGCAGCUCGUUUAUUCCUAGCUGUUUACUUUGUUUUGCUGCACCUUUGGGUGUUCUUUAUUGUACUCACAUAUACGCCAGAGGUUCACGACUAUGCUGAUAAGCUUCCCGGAGGCGCGGGUAGUGUCCUGAGCAAAACUUGA